CGCCGGCGCGGGUCGAUGACGUUGCGCCCUCCCCGCCCGCUCUUCCGCGCGCCGAUGACGUCGACGGAGCGUCGUGACGUUCCUCGGCGCGGACUGGUGACGCCGCAGCCGGAGCGCGAGGGGAGCGGAGAGGAAGAGAGGCGCGCUGAGGGGAUGCCGGUGCGGAUGGCGACCGCAGUGCCUCCCACGCAGAGCCUGCGCUUGGAGAAUGCAUCUAUCCUGUCCGAGGGGGCCCUGCAGGAUGGACAUCGCUUGUGGAUCGGAAACCUCGACCCCAAGAUUACAGAGUACCACCUUCUCAAGCUCCUUCAGAAGUUUGGCAAAGUGAAGCAAUUUGACUUCCUUUUCCACAAGUCUGGUGUGUUGGAAGGGCAGCCCAGAGGCUACUGCUUUGUGAACUUUGAAACCAAACAGGAAGCUGAGCAGGCGAUCCAGUCCCUCAACGGCAAGCUAGCCCUCUCCAAAAAGCUGGUGGUGCGAUGGGCUCACGCCCAGGUCAAGAGAUAUGAUCAGAACAAGAAUGACAAGAUACUUCCCAUCAGCCUGGAACCCUCAUCCAGCUCAGAGCCAACCCAGUCUAAUCUGAGUGUCAGCACGAAGAUCAAAGCCAUCGAGGCCAAGCUGAAGAUGAUGGCAGAGAACCCAGAUGCAGAGAUCCCCCCGGCAGCGCCAUAUUCCUACUUUAAGCCCCCAGACAAAAAACGGAUUGCCCCAUACUCCAAAGCGGCCUGGAAGUCCAAGAGAUGAUUUGCUGUCUGAGGCAACAUCUCUCUCUGGCACUAACAAAGGUCCACCAGGAUGAAAGGCGGACUGUAUUGGAUGGUACUUCAUUGCCUCCCCAGAGAGUGUGACAUCCUGGGCUUUUCAGAACCUUCUCCUGCAUCUUCCAUUUGCACGUGGGAGCAAAUCCUCUCCUGGUGGUGGUGGUGGGGGGACUGCAACACCAUCUCCAGAUCUGUAAAGAACCCAAGGUUGUUUUCAGUAGUAAAACCUGAAGCAUCUACUCCUGUGGCUAGUUCUGCAUCAAGAGUCCAGAUAUAUGUGUGAGUUCUCACUCUCUCUCACAGACACCGCAACACACUCCUGGCUGUAUUUCUCCAGCCUAAAGAUACAGAGUCCUGAUGCAGCUAGUAGUCAGGCUAGAAAACGGUAUCUUUGACAAGCACCUGAACAGGGGAUGAAUUCUGUGACCUCAGCAGCUGAGCCAGCCAGGUGUCUCAUGUGUCCGGCACCUUUGGGACACAACCCUGAAUUCUGGCAAGAAUGGGAUGGGAUUUCUGUGUUGGGUUUUCUGCCGACAUCAACUCAUCUGGGUGUAUGUAUCAAAACUUUCUAAUGAUUGUACAGGAAUAAACUUUAUGCAGACUUUCGAAGUGCA